AGGCUUCAGCUCCUCUUCCAUUUCCCAUUCUCACUGCUCUCUCUUCCUCUCUAUCUCCCUCUUGUCGGUGGGUUCAUCAGGAAUUUUAAACUGAUAAAAUUCUACCCACAUUGUGUGUUUAAUCCAAAAUGGGGUCCUCUUAUUAGUUUUAGAAAGUUGAAGGAAAUCCCAUUUUUGCAGUAUAGAAACAGAUUUGUUUUUCACUCUCUUGAAAUUUGAUUUUUAGUGUCUUUCUGAUUACUGUGAAUACAUGGAGAAAUCAAUGUCAAUGGCUCCUCUGCUUUUAAUGGUACUCUGUCUUCCUUUUGCAUUGGGUUGGCAUGACUAUAACCAAGCUCUAAGUAAGAGCAUACUCUUCUUUGAAGCUCAGAGAUCUGGUUAUCUUCCUCAUAACCAGAGAGUCACAUGGCGAGCUAAUUCCGGCUUGAAUGACGGCAAAGCCAGUGGGGUGGAUCUGGUAGGAGGGUACUAUGAUGCAGGGGACAAUGUGAAGUUUGGUCUUCCAAUGGCAUUCACCAUAACAAUGAUGUCCUGGAGUAUAAUAGAGUACGGCAAACCAAUGGCUGCAAAUGGAGAGCUCGGCCAUGCCAUGGAAGCCGUCAAGUGGGGUACUGACUAUCUUAUCAAAGCCCACCCGGAACCUUAUGUCCUUUACGGAGAGGUGGGAGAUGGAAACACUGACCAUUACUGUUGGCAAAGACCCGAAGACAUGACAACCGACCGUCAUGCUUACAGGAUUGACCCGAGCAACCCCGGGUCGGAUCUUGCCGGUGAAACUGCAGCUGCCAUGGCUGCCGCUUCAAUCGUCUUUCGCCGCUCCAACCCUGCAUAUUCCAGCGAGCUUCUUCACCACGCUUAUCAGCUAUUCGAUUUUGCUGAUAAGUACAAAGGCAAAUACGACAGCAGCAUCACAGUUGCCCAAAAAUACUACCGAUCCGUCAGCGGCUACAAUGACGAGUUGUUGUGGGCUGCUGCAUGGCUGUACCAAGCUAGUAACAAUCAGUACUACUUGAACUAUCUUGGAAAGAAUGGUGACUCAAUGGGCGGAACCGGCUGGGCCAUGACUGAGUUUGGUUGGGACGUUAAGUACGCUGGGGUUCAGACCCUUGUCGCCAAGUUCUUAAUGCAAGGCAAAGCUGGUAUGCAUGCACCGGUAUUUGAAAGGUACCAUCAGAAGGCAGAGCAUUUCAUGUGUUCAUUGAUUGGAAAGGGUACCCGUAAUGUUCAGAAGACUCCCGGUGGUUUGAUGUUUCGACAGAGAUGGAACAAUAUGCAGUUCGUGACUAGCGCGUCAUUCUUAGCCACCGUCUACUCUGACUAUCUCGCUUCCUCUAAAGGAACUUUGAGGUGUGCUGCUGGCAAUGUUGCACCAACCCAGCUUCUUUCUUUUGCUAAAUCUCAGGUGGAUUACCUUCUUGGAGACAAUCCAAGGGGUACAAGUUACAUGGUUGGUUAUGGGAACAAUUUCCCUCGACAAGUUCAUCACCGUGGUUCUUCGAUUGUUUCCAUCAAGGUUGACUCUAAAUUCAUAGCCUGCCGACAAGGUUAUGCAGCUUGGUAUACAAGGAAAGCAAGUGAUCCUAAUGUCCUCACUGGUGCUGUGGUUGGAGGGCCUGACGCCUAUGAUAACUUCGCUGAUGAAAGGAACAAUUAUGAACAAACCGAGCCAGCUACCUACAACAAUGCUCCUCUUCUUGGCAUACUAGCUAGGCUCGGGAGUGGUCAUUCUGGCUAUAACCAGUUGCUUCCCGAGGCUGUCCCAGUUCCUAAACCAGUAGCUGCUAAACCGAAGGCAGAGCCAAAAGCCAAAUCGACUCCAAAUCCUGCCACAACUUCUAGUCCAAUUUUCAUACAGCAAAAGAUGACAACUUCUUGGAAUGAAAAAGGAAGAACUUAUUACAGAUAUUCCAUAGUGAUGACCAACAAGUCUUCCAAGACACUAAAUGAUCUAAAGCUGUCUAUAUCAAAGCUUUAUGGUCCAAUAUGGGGUCUCACUAAAUCUGGCAAUUCUUAUGGUUUCCCAACACAUCUCAACUCUUUACCUGCAGGGAAGAGUCUCGAGUUUGUAUACAUCCAUGCUGCUUCUCCAGCUGAUGUCUCAGUUUCAAGCUACAACUUGGCUUAACAACAGAAGAAAAUUGCUACAACUUGGUGUAAGAUUUGUGCAGCUAUACAGAAUGCAGUCCAGGGGAAAAGAAAAUGGUUAUUUUUCAUUUUCUUGUUUAAGGGGUUUCAAGUACUUGUUGAUUUUAGGUAAAAUAACAACCGAAUAUGGGAAGAGAAAUGAGUGAAGAGAGAUUUUUAAAAAAGGGAAUGCUCAUCCUCUUUCUCUUUUACUUCCUUUGUUAUUUUAUAUAUAUGUAAGAGACAAGAUUGAGAAGUUAGCUAAAUGACUUCUCAUACAGAUUGCAAGGAGUCUUAUUUUUUUUAUAUGUACUUCAGAGCAGCUGAUUUCCUUUUUUUAUUAUUAUCCUUUUUGGAGUUGUAAUGUUGCUAGCUUUUACAACAUUUUGUAUUUCAAUAUAAAUAUAGUUUGUACAACAAUGUUUUGUUUCA